GCGGUCUAGAUCUCCCUUUCCGGGAUCGGUGUAAGUCUGCUCCCAACGCCUUCAACCCUGGUACGCAUCGUACAGAGUGUGUGCACCGGGGUAUUAUUCCUUCUUAUUAUGUCGCUCCAGGUGGUCUUACGAUCUUAAGAAGAGACAACGCAUUCCAUCCCAGUCGCCUCGUCUACUUCUCUUUUAUACCAAUCCAAUCCCAUCUCCCUCCUACCCCACGCCUUCGAAACCCUCAGACACCAUAUAACUACUUAGCCAUCUCCAUCCCCAGCGCAAUCCCGGCCAAAUAAACCAACCACCCAUCAACUCCUCCCUCAGCAAGGACCAAAGAAAUAUUUCAAUCAAAAAAUAAAUAAAACCAAUCCACAAUGGCAGACCCCCGCUCGACAUCCUUACGUGCCCUUCGCCUCCUAGCCGCCCAGCAACAUGGCCCAAUCCCUUUCUCGGCCCUUGCCUCCAUGGCGCCCUUCCGCCGCUCGCUACAUAUCACGGGUGCAUUCUCCGCCCAAACCGCCCGCGGACCCGACAUCACGGCCAUCUACCGCUCGCGCGGCAUGUGCGACCUGCGUGCGGAAUGCGAGAGGAGGAAUCUUAGGAGUGCGGGGAGUAAGGCGGAGCUCGUGGACCGGCUGGCGAACCAUGACGUUCUCCAAUCUCGCGCGUUUAGCAUUGCGAUGAGGAAGAUUCAUAGUCGCGCUGCGGAAACGGGAAGCUCAUCCCGGCCCCUCAACACCUCCCGCGCCCAAAAAUACGUCAACGACUCCUCAACCAUCGACUUCGUCUACAUGCCCCAGGACAUCGACCCCUUCCCCUCCGCCUCCGCCAUAAACGGCACCCCCAUCCCCGUCCUCCCAGACGAUUACUCCCACUACCAACUCACCACCAACGGCGACACCACCAGCGCCAUGAAACCCCAGAUCUACACCGUCUCCGGCGACUACGAUGCCUCGUUACCUGCCAGCGGGAACGGCAGGGGUGCUCCUGUUGCUGCUGGUGGCGGCGCAAGCGCGAUGAGCGAGGUCGUCGAUAAUCAUGCGGUGGAGUUUGAUCCGUUUGAGCUUACGGAGACGGUGAGGCGGGCGCGGGAGGGGGAGGCGCUGGUGAGGGAGCGGGCGGCGAUGGCGGACGGGACGGUUAAGGGGGUUGCGGCGCAGUUUUGGAAAGGGGUCGUGGAGGAUGUGUGGGGGAAUGGGGGGAGGGGGCUUGAGGGGCGGAGGUAGUGGGACUUUGAGUGGUUUGUGAGUUGGGGGAGUGUCGUUAUUGGUAAGAGAGAGACAUGACAUGGUCCUGUCUUUCUUCCUUCUAUUUCAUUUCAUCUGCACUUUUUUUAAUCUUAUAUUUUAUUUUUUUUCUUUUUGUUUUUUGUUUCAUUGAGAUGCAGAGACACUGUAAAGUAUGUGUGGUACAGUGUAUAGAUGUAGCUUUAGUUCAGCUUGACAUGGUGAAUAUGCUUUUUUAAUAACUAGUCAUUCUUUUUUAUAUGUACACAGUACACCUUUCUAUAGUUAUUAUUGUUCUCUUGACUCUUUUAAAUAUAUUUCAUACUGUACAUUUUGCAUUGCAUCACAUGUUCUCACAUCAUCUUUUUCUUUGUCUUUCAUUCUAAGAUAGCAAUGAAUGUGCAAAUGCAUGCAAUGAAAAGCAGGCAGCUUAAUAUAAAUUUAUUGAAGUCUUGAGCAUUGUGUGAACUACACCUGAGAUAUAUGUCGGAUUCCCUCUACGGGCCGACCGCUUCCGCC